AUGCGGCAGCCGCUCUGCGCCCCACAGAACAUGGCGACGACCGAUUUCAAUGACGAUCGAAACGCGAACUUCGACAGGCGACCACGCGCAAGGUGCGCAGUCUGCAAGGAGCGCACCUGCUGCGUUCCUCAACGGCUGGCAGCAGUUGACAUGUCAAAAUUCCGAUGGCGUGGCGAUUGUCACAGGGAAGCCCACCUCGCCCUGAGCGCAAGAUGGCCGGCAGAGGACCCCUUGGGCUCCAUAUUCUCUGGAGGGGUCGAUCGGAGGCGGCUGCACCGCGCGUCCAGCUCUGCUGCUGUAUGUUUGGACGUCACUGUGCCGCUGUGA